UCAUAAACAGUUGUAGCAAUGUACGGUAUGAAAUCGAGGAGCAGCAUCACCGCGAACAUUUCGCGGCCCUCGACUGGCGUGUCUUGGUCGAGGUGAUAAUUAAAAACAAAAUAAUAAUAAAUGCCGGAUAAUUCCGCCGCAUUCCGAUCUUCUUCUUCGCAAUCGCUUCAACGAAAGUCGAGGUCCGCCUUCGGUCAUAGGUCAUAGUCCGUCGCACGUAUCCAAGUUGCGUCGAGUUAGGUAUGUACUAUCGAGAUCACGGACAUUCUUACAGCUCUGUGAUAUGGAAGAAAAUCGUCGGGCUUCGUUGGCCGAGGGUUAAACGGGUUCCCGAAUCAAAAGCCAGAAAUUUAUUAUCUCUGAAAUGACACGCGUGUCGCGAAGCUCUCUGAAACACUGUUUUUACCCAGGAAUGAAUAAAUAAAUUUGCUUGUACGUCUUUCAUCUUGUAAACGUGUGUUACCUCGAUCGCACUCAAGAUUAAUUGAUUAUACAUAGAUCGAUAGAUACAUAGCUCUAAGAUACAUGCCUAAAGAGUUCACGAUGUUGGUUUGGCCAUUGUAAGGAGAACCACGCGGAGUUCGGUGCUGUGAAAUUAUUAGAAGAAUACACGCGAGCGUGACGUAGGCAUUUGUAAAUAUACGAGCAGAGUCGAGUCUUCGGCAUUAUCCACGAGAGGCUUCCGAGAUCCAACGGUUCAAGAAUGGAUGCAGCAGGCAGCGUUUUCAUAUCGGAACGAGCCGCGACGACGACCGACGAGACGAUCUUCUCGCACGGCUAUUCCGGUAUUCCGAUCGCGAAACGUUGGGUGCUCGCUCACGGUUCCGUGUUGUCGAGAAGCGCGGAACGGUCCCGGCAGAUUCUCGAUUUCGUCGACGCAUCGAGUCCCGGAGAGCUAACGUUGCUCGAGCCGUACGGGCAACUUUUCGGCGACGUGACGUUUCUGAUACGCCGCGAUCACGAUUCGUCGACGGAGCAUUGGGAAGGAAAACCGUUCGCUCUAUGGAAGUGCGCGCUUUUGAGCGACACCAUGAAGAGUCUGUCGACAAAUUGGAGUUUUCGAACCGGCGAGAAAUUCGACCGCGCCUUCUUGCCGGUCUUGUUGCUGAUCGCGCGCAGUUCGCCGACACCCUCGUUAAGAACGGGCGACCAACUAUUAUGCGAAUCAUCCGACAACGGGUUCACCGGACGCAGACGUCGGGGAGAAACAGCACAGGAGGACGAAGGAGAGAUCGGAGACAUUUUGCUCGGACUGGCGAAAGAAUCGGCGAUCGGCGCACCAGCGAAGGGGUCGACGGUCGAGAUCUUCUCGACGCCUUUCGGCAAUCCGUUCUUCUCGAACACGGUGGCCCGUGGAAUCGUUGGUAAUUUACUCGGGAAGAAAGAGUGCCUGAUGCUGAUAGACGCGGCCGUUUUCCCGGGAUGCCAAGGCGCUCCCGUGUACUCGUUCGAUAAUCGCGCUCGCAAAACCGUCUGCGGCAUGGUGAUCGCAUCGUCGUGUUGGUGUCGCGGAGAACGGAUCGACUACACGUUCGCGAUUAAUUUGCAAGCAUCGUUGAACGAGCUGCUCGUUCGAGGCUCGAUCUCCUCCCCUGUUCUUCUAUCCGCUCGGGGAACCGAUCGUAACGACAAAAUCGGUAUCCUCGAACGAAGCAUCGCAAUUGUAAGAUGCGGGCCGAAUUGGGGUACUGGCAUUUUACUGGACGAUCGAACGGGAACGUUCAUCACGUGCGCGCACGUUGUCGCAAGAGCACCGGAGACGAGGAUCGAACUCGCGUCGCAUAUCGCAUCGCGACGUAAUAAAUCCGAAUGGACAGCCGAAGCAAAGUUGAUCUAUAAAACACCGGAUAAUAAACCCUACGAUAUCGCUGUAUUGAAGAUGGACCUCAAGUGCAAGGAGACUUCGAUGAAAGCGAUCAAACUAGCGGACAGACCAGUCAUGAACGGCGAGCCGAUACUGUCCAUAGGAUUUCCAUUUUGUUCGACGGCUAAGGCCACUAUCAGCAAUGGAAUUAUAUCGAAAUCGUCGCGGUACAUGCUGCAGACAAAUUGUUAUGCCCAAAGCGGAGUCAGCGGAGGACCUAUUGUUCGACCGGCCAGCCUUGAGAUGCUAGGCAUGAUCGUUUGUAAUACAGUUUCCUCGAGUGACGAGACCGCCUAUCCUCGACUGUCCAUGGCCAUACCGACCAAUAUUUUCAAAGGACCAUUGGACCAUUAUUUGCGAACAACAGAUCCAAAAGCGCUGGAAAAUCUAACGCAACGCGACGAAAUCAUCGCGGAAACGUGGAAUUUUAGAUCUCCGUUUCUUCGCUCGAACAUGUGAUUCAUCGCCGCCGAAGUAAUUUCUACACGUUUCAAGAGCAAACCGUACCUCCGAUAUACACGUUCUCGGAUCACUCGCGAGAAAUCAAGUUGCCAAAAAUGGUAGCCCCUUCUGUUGUCCUUCGAAUGUAAAGCAGUACAAGCGUCGAGGAUUCUUUUCUACAAGUAUAAUAUACUUUAUUUCGUAAUCUAUUGUGUAAAAAGAAAUAACGGGAUUGUAUCACAGAAUAAAACGGUAAACAAACAUCGUGAUUCGUUAUCCGAACAAAGAUUUCAAAAAGUC